AUCACACAGAUACACUAUUAAUAUUAUCCAUCCAUAUACGUACGUUUGACAACCUCAUCAAUGGAAAACGUAUGGGGAAGAAAAAUUGCCGCUGAUAGGAAAAGCUACCCCAAUCCUACAGUUGAGGAGCUUAUGCCGCCUUUUUCCUGGGCCGACGAUCCUAGUGACAAUUAUUUGAUUGUUGAUCUUCCUGGUUUCAAGAAAGAAGAGUUGUCGGUUCAAGUUGAUGAGCACGGUGAUAUACAGGUCAAAGGACGGAGAAUAGCGAACGAGAACAAGACUGUCCAAUUAGAUCAGACCUUCAGAAUGCCGCCGAACUCAAACACACACAAUAUCAGCGCGAGAUUUGAUAGCGGAAUCCUGUACGUCAUUGUACCCAAGGAAGUGAAAAAAGAGGAUCAAGAUCCACGCGACGAGGUAACCGCCAACGACGAGAAAAGGCCCGACGAACCGAAAGCGGAUGCAAUCACCCAAGACUUGACCGAAAAGCGCGAGAAUGAUGAGAAUGCGACAGCAACUCGCGAAGAAGGGUUUCAGCCUCCGACGCCGGCGGGGAUGAGACGGAGGCCGGAGGACGGCUUGCAGGCAAGCGUAGCGGAGAUGUUAAGCGACGGAAAACGAAUCGUCGUGGAGCUAUUGAUUAGGAAAAAGGAAAUAGUAAUCACUGCUGUGCUUGCGUUUUCGCUGGGCGUCUUCGUCUCUCAAAAGUUUCAAUCAAACGUAGGGAUUGGAUGUGAUUGAGCUCCGAAUCUGAGGAGAUGAAUAAUCAUGUUCAUGUAUAUCUUCAGAAUAUCUGCCUGUUUAUGCACAACAUUUCGAUCAUUUGAUUAUUAUCCAAUCAAACUCUUUAACUAAAGUAAUAUAAACCUCAUUUCUAUAU